AAAAAUUGGCAAAACUAUACAUGCAGCUUACAAUUUUGCACCGCUAUACAACGCUUUUUAAAAACUGAGUCAGCUCGGAAUCAUUUCUAUCACUAAAACACGUUUGGUAAAUUCCAUUGAAAAAACGUUGUAGGAGAAAAUAAUAUAUGAAAUAUAUUAGCUUUUCUGAAAGCAAACAUAAACUUAAAGACUAAUGUAAUGUUAACCAGCGUCAUUUCAUAUCAAAUUAUCUAGACAAUUUUCAAAUUUCUUGACUUCACUGCUUUUCUUAUUUUUUAAGACAACAAAGAGAACAGACUCCUCCGAUAUUAAAUAAAGAUGGCUCAAAAGAGAAACGAAGAAAUAGCUUACUUCUCGCUCUCCUGUAUUGUCCAGGUAUUGAUCAUAAUGUGCAUGUGUAUGGCGAAUACUGCCUACUGGAGAUUAGACCAGCAGUUGGGGGAGGGGGUGACAGAACACAGGGUGGGCAUCUGGCAGAACUGCAUCAAGACCGACGGGGAGACCAACUGUGAGAGAUACAACCCAGUCAACAGAGCCAGACCAGAGGAGAAGGCACACCUCAAUGCUGCCCGUUCCUUUGUCAUCCUGGCCAUCCUCACCUCCUCCCUCGUCCUCCUCUUCUUCCUCUUGGAACUCUGCAACCUCACAGGCUCAUGCGGAAAGUUUUGUUCCAGGUAUGGCUUUGUGUGUGUGUUGCUGAUCCAACUGGCAGUGGUGACAACAGCGUGUUCCUUGUGCCAGAGCUACUUCAACAAAAACUACAGCAGCUUCAGAUUGCACCUGGCCGGGUGGCUGGCCUGGGUCGGGUUCAUCCUCUGCUGUCUCACCCAGUUCGCAUCCUUCCUCUACCUCCGAUACCAGGACUACUGGUGACUCACCACCAGUGCACCCAAAGCAGGACGAGCAAUAGUCAAGCAAUAACAACAGUAACAAUCAGUCCCUAUAUAUCUAUAUAUAUCUUACAGUUUUCUGAAAUAAAAAAGUAUUUUUCGUGUAACAUCUUUGGGGUCGAAUUUUGGAAAAGGUUUUAAAAUUAUGUUAACAUAGCGAACUAUGGUCAAUCCAGAAGUUUGUUUCAUACUAUCUUUUGUGGUUGCAAUUUAUCGUUAUCCCCUAAAAAUACUCAUAGGUGAUGUUGGGAACAUGCGUAGGCCUUCUCUUGGCAGUCCAGUAUAUGAUCAGUAAAUGUGCUGGUCUAGCUAAAUGUACAUUGAAACACUUACACAUAACCUUAAAUCUUGGGUUAAUUUGUUUUUUUGCAUCUGCUUAUUACCUCAUACCUAAGAAAUUCUUUAAUUCUGCCAAGAAAAAUUUAAUUUCCGAUCUCGAAUUCUGGUCAGGAAUUCCUUGCGAGAUGCUCAAAUAAAGUAUAGAUUUUCUAGAAAUUCUUUAGUUCUAAUCCAAUUAAUGGUCAAAAACUUCCUAAGCCUAAGCUAUUUCUAAUCAGAAAAAACUUAUUUCUUAUCUAAUUUCAGUUUAGGUCCAGGUUGAACUCUUUUUUCCUAGUGGGCUUCGAAAUAGUUGCGAAAUAAUAAGCUCACACGGUGACGACUUAAGCUCAACCAGUCUAUUUUGAAAUCUAAAAUCACAUUGUGCUACAUCUGGUCCACAUAAUAUGUGCUAAUCAACAAAUCUAGUUAAAUGGUUAUAUGUUUAUCUUUGCUUUACUGUUAUAGAUAACGCAAGCGCUUAUUGUUCCGACUUUCGAUACGAAAGUAACAGAAUAUUUGUGCUCGGGGUGCCCGCAUCCAGUUUCAAGCGUUAAUAAU